AUGCCUCGCACAACUAUGAGGCUCUACCUUGGUAUGAGCGGAUCCGUCGCGAAUAUACGAAGAAUUUGGAUGCCUCUAUACCUUCAUUUAGACACCGACGGUGUGGCAAACGCUCGUAUGCGCCAGGAAACCCUCGAUGUCAUUCGCUCUGUCUAUGAACCUAUGUUAGUAGCUUGGCUCGCUGACCCAACCCACACCUGGAACAGGAUGUUUGCGAGAGCAAAUGGUGGCCAUGACUUUGAACAAGCCAUUCUCGCUAGGAGGGCCGAACUGCCACCAUCAGUUCAAUCGGCAGAGACUGAUGAUGUCCUAGGUGGAAUCCUCUUUGAUAUUCUUAGAUUCCACCGUUUCGUCGAUCCUACCUGGCGGGUCCCUUUGCCUCCUCCUCCACCACCUCCACCACCUCCUCCUCCACCACCACCACCUCCCCCUCCCCCUCCCCCUCUGGGAGGCGCUCCUGCAGCUGACGAUGACUCCGAUGAUUCCACAUCUUCUGAAUCUAUAGAUAUUUAUAGAUCAUCUGACUCUAUGGAUACUUCUAGCCCUUCCAACUCUAUGUGCUAUUCUACCUCUCCCGACUCCAUGCUCAAUUAUCCCUCUUCUGACGCUAUGGACGAUUCUAGAUCUUCCGACGCAGAGGUUAAUUCUACCUCUUCCACCUCUUCUGAAUCCAUUGACAUUUAUAGAUCAUCUGACUCUAUGGAUACUUCUAGCUCUUCCAACUCUAUGGGUCGUUCUACCUCUUCUGACGCUAUGGACGAUUCUAGAUCUUCUGAAGCAGAAGUUAAUUCUACCUCUUCCACCUCUUCUGAAUCCAUUGACAUUUAUAGAUCAUCUGACUCUAUGGAUACUUCUAGCUCUUCCAACUCUAUGGGUCGUUCUACCUCUUCUGACGCUAUGGACGAUUCUAGAUCUUCUGAAGCAGAAGUUAAUUCUACCUCUUCCACCUCUUCUGAAUCCAUUGACAUUUAUAGAUCAUCUGACUCUAUGGAUACCUCUAGCUCCUCCAACUCUAUGGAUGUUUCUACCUCUUCCGACUCUGUAGAUAACCAUGGCUCUUCUGACCCUAUGGAUAUUUAUAGAUCUUCUGACUCUAUGGACGCUUCUAGCUCCUCCUCCCCCGAAGACGGUUCUAGCUCUUCUGAAGCGGAAGAGGAUUCUAGCUCCCCCGAAGCAGAAGACACCGGUGCUGCUCCCCCUCCGCCACCACCACCUCCUCCGGCUGCCGAACUUGCAGCUGACCCCGACCCCGAGAAUUUGGAAUCCUCCGACUCUAUCAGUGUUCCUAGCUUCUCUGUCACUUCUUCGUCUUCCUCCGAAGCAGAAGAUAGAUCAGGCCUAGAUAUGCUUGCACUGGCUGCACAAGUUGUUGCUGCUGCUCCUGUCCCUUUCCCAGCCCCAGCCCCAGCUCCCACUAAGAAGCCUGACCCUGCUACUAACCCCCUAUUUAUACUCGCAGAAGCUGCGGAACUGAGGCGAAAAAGACCACACGAUUUUGAUGACGACGCAGAUUUUGACGAGCGGCCACCGCAGAAGCGUGCACGGUAA